AUGAGUGUCGCAUACGAGCCCCGGUCCUUUAUUCAUGAGGGGGCGUACCCCCCGAUCGGCGACGAGCACGACCACGGCGCCGACCAACGCUUUACCGAUUCCGACGUGGCCGAGCACCUCAGCCACUACACGGCCGACGCCGGCCUACUCCAAGACGACGACGACGACCGCCAUGUCCUCGACGAGCGCAACAUGCUGCACGAUCCGUCCGGUGGCGUCGGCUCCGACGACGUCACCCGCAUCGAUCUCAGCGCUACCGAUUUUCCGUCCCCGCUCGGCGUGGCCAUGUCCGCCGCCGACAUGUCACCGCCGCUGCCCGACAGCAAAGAUCCGUCGCCCGGGUUGGAGUCGCUCCCGUCGUCGUCGCGCGUAAAACCGAUCCCAAAACCGUCCCGCGCCGUCAACAAGCAAGCGGAUGGGCGGUUUCACUGCCCGCUCGAGGACUGCAAGGAGGACGUUCGCACAUUCUUGCGCAGGUGCGAGUGGAAUAAGCACAUGGACAAGCACGAACGCCCCUAUCGCUGCCCGGCCGAUGGCUGCGAGAACCUACCCGGCUUCACCUACUCGGGCGGUCUCCUCCGCCACGAGCGCGAGGUGCACAACAAGCACGGCGGGCCCAAGAACACGGUCAACUGCCCGCACCCCAACUGCAAGCGCCACACCGGCAAGGGCUUCUCCCGCCAGGAGAACCUGAACGAGCAUCUCCGCCGCGUGCACACGAGCCCCGAGGGCGGCGCCUCGCCGUCCGCCGCCGCCGCUGCUGAGUCGGCCGCGGCUGUGUCGUCUCCGGACGGCGGCAACGACAGCGAGCGUUCAGGUAUGAAGCGCAAGCGUCGGUCUAGCGGGUCCGCGACCGGCACCAGUGCGCUGGCUGUCGACGAGGUCGCGGAGCUCCGCGACGAGAUCAAGCGCGUGCGAAUGGAGAAUGAAAAGCUCAAGCUCGACAUGGAGCAGCAGGGGCAGCACUCGCUCGCCAUGAUGGCGCAAAUAGCCGAACUGCAGGACGCGCUCCGUCUCGGACACAGCCUCGGCGGGCACAGCCUCGGCGCGCCGACGGCGCAAAUGAUCUAA